UCCCCCGCUAAGCGCCAUGCAGUUCUCCGCGACCCUCCUCGUGGCUCUCGCGGUGUUGGGGGCGGCGCGCGCCCACUGCCCGCCGCCGACCCACCGCCCGCGCCUCGGCGGCAAGACGCCCUUCCACGUCGACCAGUUCUCCGGGGCGUGGCACGUGGUGGCCCGCGCGGUCGACGGGUCCCUGCCGCUGCCCACGGAGGGCGUGGUGUGCUCCAAGCUGAGCUUCGCGCCGCGCCCUGACGACAACCUGACGCGCACCGACAUCACCGUCACCAUGAAGACGGCCGACGGCGCGGAGGCGGAGUUCCACAGCAAGGCGCAGUCGUCUCCCUGCACGCAGUCCUCCAUGCAGAUCGUCUGGCAGAUCCCCGGCCAGGACACCUGGAUAGGAGUGGGUCACUUGACGGUGCUGGCCACGGACUACGAGCAGUUCGCCGUGGACACGUUCACGAAGGAGAGCUACAACCCGGACAAGGACCUGGUGGAGAGGCUGACGGUGUCGGAGGUGCUGUCGAGGACCCCUGUGCUCGACGAGAAGGUGCUGGCCGCGCUCAAGUCCGUCGUCGCGAGCCUCGGCUUCGACGCCUCCGACGUGAAGGACGUCGAUACCUCGGGCUGCUGACCGCCCGCGCCCCUGGCGGUCACCGACAUUACAACAAGACUGCGAGAUCGCGAGAUCACGUCAUGAGUUCCGUUUCAUUCAACUUACUUGGCUCAACUCUGUAUAUCCCAACACGAAAAUAAUAACCUUGUUCCCUCUGGACUUGUUUCCAACAAAACUUUUAUUUUUUAUCAUUUGUAGUUCUAGGUCUUGAUUUCACCACAAUUUUAAAAUAAAAUAAAUGUCACUUUUCAAAUUAAUAAAUAAUUUAAAUAUUCUCACAUUGCACAUUUUAUAUUUCUACAAAUAUGUACAUCCAGCAACACCUUAAUAUAUUAAAAAUAAGUAUUUUUAAAAUUAUAGUUAUUUGAUGUUUAGUUUAAGUUAAUAAAAAUGCUUCAACUUUAAAUGUAGCUACUACAGCUGCUCGAAAAGCAAGGGGCUACAGUGUUCGUAAUUUUAAAUUAAAUGUUUAUAAUUCCAUACAAUGAAUAAAAAGGAAAUAAUUAAUGUAAAA